AUGUCGGGUUUAGCUAAGACUCCUGUUGUGGUAGAGGAGGGUGGUAAUCAGUGUAGAAAACGUUCUCAAGUCAAUAACGACCAGUGCAGUAAAAGAGCAAAAUUAGACGAAAUGAAUGUCAAUGAGAAGAAAUCAAACUUCUCCUUGAUAACUCCCAAUUCCAAUGGUGCGAUUAAGUUGUCGUCGGCCAUGAACAAACCGGGAGCAACUACAAAGAAACUGGUUAUAAAAAACUUUAAAAGUAAACCGAACCUUCCAGAAAACUAUCAGGAGACGACAUGGAGCAAAUUAAGAGAAGCUGUGAUUGCAAUUCAGACAUCCAAGGCAAUUGCUUACUCUUUGGAAGAACUUUAUCAGGCAGUCGAAAAUAUGUGUAGUCAUAAGAUGGCUUCACAGUUAUAUGUCAACUUAACGAAUUUAGUGGAAGCACAUGUAAAGGCCAACAUUGAACAGUUUCUUUCUGAGAGUAUGGACCGUCAAAUAUUCUUAAAGAGAAUGGAUGGAUGCUGGAGGGCCCACUGUCGGCAAAUGAUCAUGAUUCGUAGCAUAUUCCUUUACCUUGACAGAACUUAUGUUUUACAAAAUCCUAGCAUACACUCCAUAUGGGAUAUGGGAUUAGACUUGUUUCGGCACCAUAUUGCGAUGAAUACGUUGGUGCAGACACGCACUGUUGAUGGUUUGCUGCUAUUAAUUGAGCGCGAACGCGGCGGCGAUUCCGUCGACAUAUCGCUUUUAAAAAGUCUACUCCGUAUGCUGUCUGACUUGCAGAUAUAUCAGGAUGCGUUUGAACACAAAUUUCUUCAAGCAACCGAGCGUCUGUACGCGGCGGAAGGCCAGCGUCUGAUGCGUGAGCUCUCUGUACCACAGUAUCUAGCACAUGUUGAGAAAAGACUGCGGGAAGAGAAUGAGCGAUUGCUGCAUUAUCUCGAUCCAUCCACUAAAUGGCAACUUAUCCACACAAUCGAGAGGCAGCUGCUGAGUGAGCAUCUGUCUGGUAUCUUGACCAAGGGCUUGGAAGCGUUGAUGGAUGGCCCACGGUUGACUGAUCUUACCACGUUGUACAACCUCUUCAGCAAGGUCAAGGACGGCCUCAACGAGCUCUGCAAUCAUUUCAACGCAUACAUAAAGAAAAAAGGCCGUACAAUAGUCAUAGAGCCUGAACGUGACAAAACCAUGGUAGCUGAGCUGCUAGAGUUCAAGGAGCAGUUAGACCAUGUUGUGAGCACCUGUUUCCAGCGUAACUCCAAAUUUGUGUAUUCUAUGCGGGAGGCAUUUGAGUACUUCAUCAAUCAGAGGCAGAACAAACCUGCUGAGCUGAUCGCGAAAUUCGUGGAUCUGAAACUGCGCGCCGGCAACAAAGAGGCCACCGAGGAGGAGCUGGAGCGGCUGCUCGACAAGAUAAUGGUGCUGUUCCGCUUCAUCCACGGCAAGGACGUGUUCGAGGCUUUCUACAAGAAGGACCUAGCUAAGCGGCUGCUCGUCGGCAAGUCGGCAUCCGUGGACGCCGAGAAGUCGAUGCUGAGCAAGCUGAAGCAAGAGUGCGGCGGCGGCUUCACCUGCAAGCUCGAGGGCAUGUUCAAGGACAUGGAGCUCUCGAAGGAUAUCAACAUCACCUAUAAGCAGCACUUGGCCGCCAGCCAGGAGUGCGGCGGGCUGGAGCUGUCCGUGUACAUCCUGACGAUGGGCUUCUGGCCCACGUACCCUGUGGCCGAGGUGCGGCUGCCGGCGGAGCUCACCCGCCACCAGGACCACUUCGCCAAGUUCUACCUGGCCAAGCACUCGGGCCGGAAGCUGCAGUGGCAGGCCACGCUCGGCCACUGCGUGUUGCGCGCCCACUUUGCACAGGGUAACAAAGAAUUACAGGUGUCGCUGUUUCAAGCGCUCGUUCUGCUAUUGUUCAACGACGGCGAUAACCUCUCCUUCGAAGAGAUCAAGACUGCAACCAAUAUUGAGGAAGGCGAGCUGCGGCGCACUCUGCAGUCGCUGGCGUGCGGAAAGGCGCGCGUGCUGAGCAAGGCGCCACGCGGCAGGGAGGUGCGCGACGCGGACCACUUCGCCUUCAACGCCGAAUUCACCAACAAGCUGUUCCGCAUCAAGAUCAACCAGAUACAGAUGAAAGAGACCAGCGAGGAGCAAAAGGCGACGGAGGAGCGAGUGUUCCAGGACCGGCAGUACCAGAUCGACGCGGCCAUCGUGCGCGUCAUGAAGAUGCGUAAAGCGCUCUCGCACAACCUGCUCAUCUCGGAGCUCUACAACCAGCUCAAGUUCCCCGUAAAGCCCGCCGAUCUUAAGAAGCGCAUAGAGUCGCUCAUCGACAGAGACUACAUGGAGCGCGAUAAGGACAAUCCGAACCAGUACAACUAUGUGGCA